AUGAAUGGUGGUCGAUUUGAUUUCGAUGAUGGUGGAACAUAUUGUGGUGGUUGGGAAGAAGGUAAAGCACAUGGACAUGGUGUUUGCACUGGACCACAGGGCAAAGGCGAAUAUGCUGGCGCAUGGCAUUAUGGAUUUGAGGUUUCUGGGGUAUAUACUUGGCCAUCGGGAAAUACAUAUCAAGGACAGUGGCAAAAUGGUAAGCGGCAUGGAUUGGGAAUUGAACAACGUGGACGUUGGCUCUAUAAAGGUGAAUGGACUCAAGGUUAUAAAGGUAGAUAUGGCCACAGGCAGUCGAUAACUUCGCAAGCAAAAUAUCAAGGGACAUGGUCAGCUGGUUUCCAUGAUGGUUAUGGUUCUGAAACAUAUGUUGAUGGAGGAAUCUAUCAUGGACAAUGGUUGCGAGGUAUGAGGCAUGGUUAUGGAAUACGAAAAAGUGCUGCCUAUGGCAUCGCGGCUAAAUUUCGAUCUCGAUCAUACACAAAUGCAUCGUUGACAUCGUUGAGAUCGGAUUAUGGUGAUGAUGAAACCAAAAUGGAUGCAAAAAAGGACGGCGAAGAAAGAGAUGAAGGGCGUGGAGGAUUUGUACUGAAAUCGCGAAGUGAAGCACCAACACGACGUCGGCGAUCAUUAUCAGAACGAUCGUUAGCUGUUAAACGAACAAUACUUAGUGGUUUAAGAAUUAAAAAACAACAUUCAACUGGUGACAUACAUCAGCGAGCAACUACUGGAAGUCUUCGAUCAAGUGGAAGCACAUUGAGCUGCACAUCUGAUGAAUCCGAUCAUCGGACUACUCGUGAUCAUUUCGUAGUACCACAGGAAGAACAUAUCGAUCAAAAUGUUAUUGAAAAUUACAAAGGAGAAUGGAAAAAUGAUAAGCGAUGUGGUUUUGGUAUAGCUGAAAGAAGCGAUGGAUUGAAAUAUGAAGGUGAAUGGUUCAACAAUAGAAAAUGUGGUUAUGGAUUGACGACACUUAAAGAUGGAACGAGGGAAGAAGGAAAAUAUAAAAAUAAUAUAUUAAUAUGUUCUAUACGAAAAAAAGGCCUUUUAUUUGUUCGAUCUUCAAAAUUAAAGGAAAGAAUUGAAAAUGCUGUCGAUGCUGCAAAUCGUGCUGCAACAAUUGCUCAACAAAAAGCAGAUAUAGCAAUAUCUCGUGCAGCAACAGCUCGAGAAAGGUCUGAACAAGCGGAAUUUAUUGCUUCGCAAGCACGUGAAGAUGCAGAUACAGCUAGGAUAUAUGCUAAACAAUUCGCACCUGAAUUUAAACAACCGGGUACAGAAGUAAUACGAAUGAAUCGUAUGCAGAAUCAUGCGAAUCAUGUCUCAUUUGAAGAUCCAUCAAAAAGGAUAUCGUAUGAAUCGCGAGAUCAUUUAUCUGAUGAUGUUGUCAUUUUGAAUACUCCACAGUUUCCUUCCCCACAAAUGGCCUAUUUUAAUCCUUCUUUAAAUAUUCAGCAACAAUCUUCAACAACACCGACUAUUACUACAGUAAUACAAAAUUCAUCAAGUCAGUCGACAAUGCGUCAAAAUCCUUAUCAGUAUGAUAGUAAACCGGCAAAUUAUAUGCAGUACAGCACAAAUAACAUUGUUAAUAAUCCGCCAAAUCUUACUGAUGCAAAUUAUCAUCAACAAUAUCGAAGGCAAGCAAAAUAUUCGGAUGUCGCAUAUGAUGUAGCUACUCCAUCUUCGUCUUUUCAAGAACAGCAGCUUGCUAGUUGCAAUUAUCAACAAAAUUAUGAUGCUCUUUCUAUUCAAAUGGUACAAAAUGAACCACAGCCCAAUGCGUUGCAGUUAAUAAAUUCAUCUAAACAAAGCUGUUCACGAAUGUCUUUAACUGAUGAUCAUUAUGACCAAUAUAUGAUGGCAGCAAAUCCGAAUCAAACGAGAGUUAUACGAAGAAAUCGGCCUUCGUUAACACGUCAACCUUUUGCUGUUCAUGAUACAUGUCAAGUUCUUAAUAGGCGAUCAACCUUAGCCUCAUCAGCAUCAACAGCGUAUAAAAAUAAAGAAGAAAUUAUAACAAGUAUAUCAGAAACAGUUGCUGAAGAGAAUCGUGGUUCAUUACCUAAUAUUUCUCAGCUUGAGAGCGUAGGAAUUUAUCUGAGGAGAGAAGAAGCUGCACGUCUUGCUUCACAACAACGGCAAGAAUUACAACGUUUAUUAGAGGAGGAGCAAUUGUUAAGGAGUAAUCCUCUACGAUAUUUAUUUCAUCCUGCUUUAAAAGCCUGGUUAAUAAGGUGGAAAAUGCCACUAAUGUUGACAGUUGCGAAUUUAUUCCUUAUGUUGGUUUUUUACAAUCUGCUCACUUACGAAAAACGACAUCGUUCAUAA